AUGAAAAUGGGAAACCAAACUGUCAUCUCAGAAUUCAUCCUCCUGGGCCUGCCCAUUGAUCCAGAUCAGCGAGACCUGUUCUAUGCCCUGUUCCUGGCCAUGUAUGUUACCACUGUCCUGAGGAACCGUCUCAUCAUUGUCCUCAUUCGCCUGGACUCCCACCUCCACACGCCCAUGUAUUUGUUUCUCAGCAAUUUAUCCUUCUCUGACCUGUGCUUCUCCUCUGUCACAAUGCCCAAAUUGCUGCAGAACAUGCAGAGCCAAGUCCCAUCCAUUCCCUAUGCUGGCUGCAUGACCCAGAUGUACUUCUUCCUGUUUUUUGCAGACCUGGAGAGCUUCCUCCUGGUGGCCAUGACCUAUGACCGCUAUGUGGUCAUCUGCUUCCCUCUGCACUACACCACCAUCAUGAGCCCCAAGCUCUAUCUCUCCCUGGUGGUAUUCUGGAUCCUGACCACUUUUAUCUCUUUAUUGCACACCCUGCUCAUGGCUCGGCUGUCUUUCUGUGCUGAUAAUGUGAUCCCUCACUUUUUCUGUGACAUGUCAGCUCUGCUAAAGUUGGCCUGCUCUGACAUUCAGAUAAAUGAAAUGGUGAUCUUUAUUUUGGGAGGGCUCAUCAUUAUUGUUCCAUUCCUGUUAAUCUCUUCAUCCUAUGCACGAAUUGUGUCCUCCAUCCUCAAGGUCCCUUCUGCCAGGGGCAUCUGCAAGGCCUUCUCCACCCACCUCUCUGUGGUGUCCCUCUUCUAUGGGAUAAUCAUUGGCCUUUACUUGUGCCCAUCAACUAAUAAUUCUACUGUUAAGGAGACAGUCAUGGCUGUGAUGUAUACUGUGAUUACCCCCAUGCUGAAUCCCUUUUGUUACAGCCUGAGGAAUCAGGACAUAAAGGGAGCCUUGGGAAGAAUCUUUUCAAAGUGGACAAUUCAGCUUUCUUUGGGACAGGGACUCUAA